AUGAACGCGUUUGACAUCGCGACGGUUCAAGUGUUUGAUUCGGCGCAGGCUAGCGCUUCUAGCGCGAAUCCUGGUAGUGUCAGGCGGAAAUGUUGUCGCACGUAUUGCACGAAUGUGCUCGAGCUGGGGUCUCCAUAUAAGAUCUGCCGGGAAUGUCGCGAGCCCACGAAGCAGAGACUGACACAGCGGGAAAUGACGCAGACGAUCACGACGUGCAUGUCGUGCUUCAUUACAGUUGAAAUUCCGUCCGACUUCCACGCAGGGCAGGUCGUCAUGUGCAAGAAAUGCUACGAGCGAAGGACCGCCGCGAAAACCCGCGACGCGCCUACGGCAUGCCCCUCUAGCCAGAACGCGGCUCCUCAGCGGUCGUAUACCACAGCGGAGAUUGACGCGAUCAGGGAGGCGGACGCGUUCACUCUCGCCGCUGCUCCGCUGGUGCAUCCCGCGCACCUGGACGUGUUGAUUAACAGCAAUUACAGGCAGCAGCUGAAUCCCCUCGACACGGAAUCAUAUCCAAUCGUGAGCCGGCUUGAGGCUUUGCGUCGUGCCGGGCCCGUGUUGGCGCAGUACCAGCAGCGCCAUGUUAUUCCUCGUGUCCCCUUAUUUCUCUGUCUCAACUCUCGCGGAGAAUUCGUCGCGCCCGAUGUGCUGUCUUCCUCACCGACCGCAACGACUUCGGCUAUAACACCCUCAGCGAUCUCGCCUAUCACAACCCCGUCGCUCUCUCACGAUCCAAUAUCGAUACCUGCUGUACCUCGCCACCCUCACGAAAGACUUGUCAGGAAAAAGCAUACCAGGCUGCAUCCAACCGUACCGCGGAUGUGCAUGACCUUCGGGUGCGGCAAGACACUCACGGUCAACCACCCAUCCACACUAUGCGCGGAGUGCAUGCUCAGACGAGAACGGUCAUCGAACUCUAAGCAGGGCUUUUCGAAUGUAGCAGCACAGUCUCCCGUGGAGAAGACGCAAUGUGCUACCCUCACCCCGACUUUGGCCGAUGCGACGAACGGGUCCUUCUUGCCUAGCAUGCCUGCUUUGCGUACUUUCCCUUCUCAAGCACUCUCAGAGGUUUCGUCUGCGCAUGGUGCUGUCCCUGAUUCAAUUGAUCCUCACCAACUAUUAGCAACAGACCGUCGUAUGGACGUCAACAAAUUUUUAUUCGCUCAUCCAGAUGCUAGAUCCAAGCUGUCGGGACAGCAGAGCACGAUUUCAGUACACUCGGCACCCUCGGCACGCGUAGAUGUGCCGAUGUCCACAAGCUCAGGCGCUCCUCGGAAGACUAAUGUCUCUGAUGCCAGUCACCCCUUGGUACGUUCCUCACCUGUUCCCACAUACACAAAGCUCGCAGAACGCGCAUGCUGUACUCCAGGCUGUACCGGCGCCGUCCCGCCCGACUCUCCGUGGGGCCGAUGCGUAUUAUGUGGGCUCCAGCGGCUCAAGGCUCGCUUAGAUGCUUCUACGACUAAGUCACGGAAAGCUCGGGACGAGUCAAGCGCCACUGCCCAAGAACAGCCGCAGAAGGCGCACGACGAAUCGACGAAGGUGCAUUUAUCGUCGAAUAGGGAUGAUAGUAAGUCGGAAGGGGGAAAACAGAGUGAGAGUCUUGCCAAGAAGAUGGAACCCGACACCCCGACGAAGGACGACGCGCUUCGAAGGGCGGAGGACGUGGGAACCGCGACUGCAAAGAAGCAUCCUGAGUCACCCUCCAGUUCUUUGCUCCUAAAGUCGAGCAAGGGCCCGAUGACCGUUAUUCAAGACAAGUCAGAUCCAGGGGGAAUGCAAAUAACGAGUCCCGCUCGAGGAAAGUCGGUACUUACGAUCAAGCUGCCCACGAGUCCUGUGAAGGCAAAACCAAUACUGGCGGAGGAGCAUGUAGCGAGUCCUGUCAAGGCGAGGUUGGUUCUGGCGAAUAAGCAAGUUGCCAGUCCUGUUCACGAGAAGCCGCGCAAAGACCGACGAAGACCUAGUAAGGUUGAGGACCGCAUGCCCACGGCUCCUGUCCGCGAGCGGCUGAUCCUGCGGAUACCAGCGCGUCCUAGGCCUGCGAUAAAAACCAUAGAGACUCCAAAGGAAUCCUCAGUAUCGACAUCGAAGCCCAAUUCCCCUAGGAAACCUAUCAUUGUCGAUGCCGCCACGACCGCGGACCAAUCGACGGAGACAGUGCCUGCGCUGAGCACGGAGCCAACACCUGUAUCGACGGAGGUAUAUCAGUCUAGCGCAGUAGUUGCAGAAUCUUCUGCCACACCUGAUCACACACCCGACGCCCUCGUGGACGAUAAUGCUAUGGUAGUCGAUGAGGCAACUCCUGCCUCAAACACACCAGUCCGUGGAGAGGGUCUCGCUGACGGUAUAAAUACCCGCGAAUAUUUUCCCGCCGUCAGUGAUCCCACUUCCGAGCCAACACUUGAGUCUCUCCGUUCAGGACUCACCGAAAGUGUUGGGCCUCUUCUGCCAGAGAAGAGACCAUUUUCUGCCGCCUCACCAAUUUCGUCGUCUCCGCCUCCGGUUACGUCUUCGCCUCGCCCCAUGACACCAGCUAGUUCGAGCUCGCCGAUGGAUCUGCUGUCCUCCGCGGUACUCGCAUGGGAUAGCGACGACUCGGAUCUCACACCACUUGAAGACUCUAUGGACGAGAACGAGUCUGAAGUUGAUCGACUAGAGACUGACAAAAGCGACGAAAGCGACGAAGAACCUCUGCUCCUGGCUUAUACGAAGUCACGGCAUCGACGUCCACCUCGUCGACUCAAAGCAGAACCUCGUGUCUACUAUACUCGUUGUCAUGUCUUAGCCUGUCAGAACCUUAUCGUGCCGGGCAUACCUCGAAACAUGUGUGAACUUUGUCGCGAGCGCACCCACAAGUCGCGUAAGGCAGAGUCGCCUGCGAACCCAGAGCUUCCGCCAGGUCAUCGUCUCUGUGCGCUCCGAUGGUGCUACAAUAUUAUCCCACCCAUAUGGGAGUAUCGGUGGAAGAUGUGCGAGCCGUGCAGGACUCGGGCGCGCGAGCGAGAGCGACGGCGCAAGUUGCGACUGCUGGACAUCGACAACAGUAACGUUGCAUCGCUGUCGGGUUCGGGCGUUGGUGAACGCGAACAAGAACGGGCUCGCCGAUCACACUACCACAAGCGGGUGUAUACGGGGAACGACACCAAGAAUGACCAAUCAUCUGAUGGUCUUGCCGAGCGAGCGACACAGUAUCAGCAUCUUACCGCACUUCUUGACGCGCUUCGACUACGCUUCCAUACUUUUAUGCUGGGGCAAAUACAGUAUCUCCGGUUCAAAUUUCACAGUCACGCUCAAGAGAAUCCUACUUUUUUUGGUUUUGAUGGCGAGUACUCUGUCGUCGCGGAUCCUGCUGGGGGCAUUGUGGACGCUCUCGUGCAGGGCGUCGUCGGUGAGAUUCAAGCGGCUGUUGGCAUGGAUUUUCAGCGGGCUGGUAUCUUCAGAGGACCCGACUACAGCGUAGUCACCCGCUUUGGGUGCUUGCAUGAAGUCCAGGUCCCAGUGACGCAAGCCGAGGCACCCUCAUCAGGAGGAGCAGGACCUACGGAGAUGUCGGGACUGUUGGUGAAGCGGAUGGUUGGCGAGGCGGAGAUCGCUGUCUCAUGGGACCGGACGCACAAGUUCUUUCCUGGGCAAAGGAUUGUGGUGCGCUUCCGUCUGGUGGGAUAA